CACUGUCUCUCUGCUCCAGUCUUUCUCUCUCGUCUCUCUUCUGUCUCUCCCCUCCAUCUCUCUCUCUGUCUCCUCACAUCAUCCCACUAUGAUGCUGAGGAGAGACCGUCUGCUCCUGUCUGUGACCGUCACAGCCAUCUUCACUGCUGAUCUCUACUUCGUCCUGCUCCCCAAGCUCCGCCACAGACAACCAGGACCAGAGGAUGGAGGCUGCCUCUGUCCCUCCUCCAGGGGGACUAACUUCACCCUUGCUGGGUACAGCAGCCUCAACACCCCCUGGGCCUCCAACACCACCUCCAUGGACCUCCAGGGGAUGGGGGUCAGAGCUACGGACAACCCUACAGAUUGGGUCUCGAAGCUGGGGAGGCUGUUUGCUCACCCCCUGUAUAACAUCCAGACACCGGAGCUGGGGCUGGAAGAGAGGCUGUUACAGUCUGAAGAGGUAAUGGGGUAUUACAGGAGGAAGGUCUCGCGCUGGGAGAGGCAUAUGAAGCUGUACAGCGAGGCAGCAACGUUGCUGGAACACCAAGCGACCUUUGACCCUGAGGCCAGCUGGCUGAAGUUCCACCUGGGCAUCAAUCGCUACGCUCUAUACGCCCGCGAGGACCCCACAAUCACCCACCUGCUGAAAGACAUGCAGACCACCACCGUCAUCAGCGCAGAUUACACUCAAGAUGAAAAGGCCCUCAAAGGAGCGUGUGACUGUACCCAGGUGGUAAAGCCCAGUGGAUACCACCUCAAGCUAGCCCUGAAGAUGCAGAACUUUGGCAAGGCCAUGUUCAAACCCAUGAGACAGCAGAGAGACCAGGAGACUCCUGAUGAUUUAUUCUACUUUGUCGACUUCCAGAGACACAAUGCUGAGAUCGCUGCGUUUCACCUGGACAGAAUCCUGGACUUCCGGAGGGUACCGCCGGUGGUGGGCAGGCUGGUGAAUGUGACGGGGGAGAUUCUCCUGACCACUCACAACGAGGACCUAAUGAGUGUGUUCUUUACCUCUCCAGCGAACAACACGUGUUUCUUUGCCAAGUGCCUGUACGCGUGUAAGACGGAGUAUGCAGUGUGUGGGAGCCCUGACCUGCUGGAGGGCUCCAUGUCAGCCUACCUCCCCGGUCUCAGCAUCGCCCCUCGUAUCUCCAUCCCCAACCCCUGGAUACGAUCAUACACCUUCACUGGCAGGGAGGAGUGGGAGGUGAACCCCUUCUACUGUGACACCAUAAAGCAGCUGUAUCCCUACAACUCAGGGAACAGACUGCUCAACAUCAUAGACAUGGCCGUCUUUGACUUCCUCAUUGGUAACAUGGACAGGCACCAUUAUGAGAUCUUCACCAAGUUUGGCGAUGAAGGUUUUCUUCUUCACUUUGACAACGCCAGAGGGUUUGGGAAGCAUUCUCAUGAUGAGAUGUCCAUUCUGGCUCCACUGUCACAGUGCUGCAUUAUAAAGCGUUCCACGUUGCUGCGGCUGCAGCUCCUCUCCCAGGACCACUACAGGCUCAGUGACGUGAUGAGGGAGUCCCUGGGAGGAGACACACUGCAGCCGGUCCUUGCUGAGCCCCACCUGCAGGCCCUGGACCGCCGGCUGCAGCGUGUCCUGAAGACAGUCCACAGGUGUGUCCGCAGGCUGGGAGAGGCUCAGGUGAUCACCACAGACUUUAUUGAUACCUCCGCCAAGCCUGAGUCUGUCAAACCAGUGUCUGCGCCCAACAAGGAGAGGUAACUAAGGUUAAUAAGGAAUCCAAAUGGAGGCCUGUGUGGCUCUGGUCAAAAUAAGUGCAUUAUAAUAGGGGAAUAGGGUGACAUUUUGGACGUAUCCCCAAGUCCUGCAAGGGGAGGUAACUUAAGACCAAGGACAGCCUGAGGACCAUGAUGGCAGGUAACCUUGUCCUGUAAAAGCAGGAAGCACAGGGUCUGGUCUCUCUCACAGAGUAAUGCAUUCCGAACUAGUCUUUGAAGUCAAAUCUUUGGAAUGAUACGGCCUGCUUUGACAAUAGACAGCAGCACUGCUUUCCUGCAUUAUUAAAAUGUCACGCAUGGCCUUGGGCUAUGAGGUCACCUGAGGUCACCUUCCAUGCAUUGCACCCUCUCUGGAGAUCCCCUCUGCCUUGCAGUGCAUUGAAAUGGACCUACAGUAUCAGUGCAUCAAAGGAGCCAAAUGACUGUGGAAGAAGCAUUGGAUAAUUUAAGAUGAUUUCUGCCUCAUGCCCUUCUUCAGUACUCAACAGUCAUGUGACAUCAAUUAAGAUAUUUAGGGACAACUUUUGAAAUUAAAUUGCUUUUAGUUCUAUGUAAGGUUGAUUGCACAUCGGUUCUGUGAAGUAACCUUGUGCCAACAGAUGUUUUAUCAAAUAUAAAUGUGUAAAUAAAG